CAAGGAAUAGAACGGAAAACAGUGCCCGAAAGAAAGAAUUUGGAGAAAGAUGCUGGGCGUUUCACCUCAAGCAGACAACACGGGGUCAUCGACGACAAGAAAAAGUGGUGGUAGUGGUGUUGCUGCCUAUGAUACACCCGAAGGAGUAGAAAUCAGAGGUCGGUAUGAUGAGGAAUUCGCGAAGAUCCUGAGCAAAGACGCCUUGCAAUUCGUGGUGGAUUUGCAGCGAGAGUUCAGAAGUCAAAUCAAGUAUGCAUUGGAGUGCCGGAAAGAGGCACAGAAGAAGUAUAAUUCAGGGGCUUUGCCUGGUUUCGAUCCCUCCACCAAGAACAUCAGGGAUGGUGACUGGGUUUGUGGGCCAGUCCCACCUGCCGUUGCCGACCGGAAGGUGGAGAUCACUGGUCCUGUGGAUCGGAAGAUGGUCAUCAAUGCUCUCAACUCCGGUGCUAAAGUCUUCAUGGCUGACUUCGAAGAUGCACUCUCACCAACUUGGGAAAACCUCAUGAAAGGCCAAGUAAACCUGAAGGAUGCAGUGCAAGGGACCAUAAGCUUCCAUGAUCAGGCCAGGAACAGAGUUUACAAGCUCAAUGAUCAGACAGCCAAGCUCUUCGUCCGUGCUCGAGGGUGGCAUCUGCCGGAAGCCCACAUCUUAAUCGACGGUGAACCGGCCACCGGCUGCCUUGUCGACUUUGGCCUCUACUUCUACCAUAACUAUUCAACUUUCCGUCGCACCCAAGGUGAAGGUUUUGGCCCAUUCUUUUAUCUACCUAAGAUGGAGCACUCAAGGGAAGCCAAAAUAUGGAACUCAGUGUUUGAGAAGGCAGAAAACAAGGUAGGGAUUGAGAAAGGAAGCAUAAGGGCCACAGUUCUGAUCGAGACACUACCAGCAGUAUUUCAAAUGAAUGAGAUACUAUAUGAACUAAGGGACCAUUCAGUUGGGUUGAAUUGUGGUAGAUGGGAUUACAUCUUCAGCUAUCUCAAGACUUUCCAGGCUCACUCAGAUCGAUUACUCCCUGACCGUGUUCAGGUUGGCAUGGCUCAACACUUCAUGAGAAGCUACUCUGACCUCCUCAUCCACACUUGUCAUAGGCGUGGUAUGCAUGCGAUGGGCGGCAUGGCAGCUCAGAUUCCAAUCAAAGAUGAUCCAGUAGCAAAUGAAGCAGCACUAGAGCUGGUAAGGAAGGACAAACUGCGAGAAGUGCUAGCAGGUCAUGAUGGGACAUGGGCAGCCCACCCUGGUCUAAUCCCAGCCAUCAAUGAAGUCUUCAGCAAGAACUUAAGCAACACUGCCAAUCAGAUCCAGACCAUGAAGAGGGAAGAAGCAGCAAACAUCACUGAAGAAGACCUCUUACAGAGGCCUCAUGGUGUUAGGACAAUGGAAGGUCUCAGACUAAACACUCGAGUUGGAAUUCAAUACCUUGCAGCUUGGCUUACUGGAACUGGGUCAGUGCCUCUUUACAACCUCAUGGAAGAUGCCGCAACUGCUGAGAUCAGUAGGGUUCAGAACUGGCAAUGGUUGAAGUAUGGAGUGGAUUUGGAUGGAGAUGGUCUUGGUGUGAAGGUGAGCUUGGAGCUCUUUGGAAGAGUGGUGGAAGAAGAGAUGGCUAGGAUUGAAGAAGAGGUUGGCAAAGAAAAGUUCAAAAAAGGGAUGUACAAGGAGGCUUGUAAGCUUUUCACCAGGCAAUGCACAGCUCCUACCCUGGAUGAUUUUCUGACUCUAGAUGCUUAUAACAGCAUUGUCAUCCAUCACCCCGAAGGAUCUGCUAAGCUCUGAAAGAGAUCCAUUUAGCCUAUUUGCCAGUUUCAUCAUCUCCUGUCACAAUUUUCUGCUGUGUAGCACCUUCAUCCUGAGGCUUGUGUUUGUUUGAUACCAGUAAUAAAAAUCUCUAUCAUCGAGGGUCUCAAUCAGUUUGGUUC